AUGGGUGAAUACAUACUCAACGAAGUCGCUCUCGACACCCUCAAACCCGCCUUCAUCCCGUCUUCCGAGCCAGAGUCCUCCAAAACAGCAGCUCUCAUCCAAGCCCUCGACCUCCUCCCUCACGUUGAAGGCGGCUACUUCAGUCAGACCGACGAGGACACCAAAACCAUCCCCUCGCCCUACCCCCUGAACCCGUUAUCUGGAGAGCCUGCCUCUCAGGCCGUGCCGUCUCGUCCUGGCUUCGACCCUGCAGUUCGCCGCCUGUCGACCUCCAUCUUCUACUUCCUCACGCACCGCAGUCCCCUGGGCCGAUUCCACCGCAACCGCAGCCGGAUCAUUCACACGCUGCACCGCGGGCGUGGGCGCUACGUGCUGCUCCACCCCGAUGGCCGAGUCGAGUCCUUCAUCGUCGGCCAUGCAGUCGAACGCGGCGAGCGGCUGCAGUGGGUCGUCGAAGGGGGCGUAUGGAAGGCCAGUUACCUGCUCGACACCGAAGAGAACAUGGCCGCGGGAGGUGCUCAGGAACCCGACGGUCUUCUCAUCUCAGAAACGGUGGUGCCUGGGUUUGAGUACGCCGACCAUGAAUUCCUCUCUGAGCGCCGCCUAGGGGAGCUUGUGCCCGAGAGCAAAGCCAUUAUUGGGAUGAAUGCCUGGCACGGGAUCAUCAUCCCCUUGGACAACACAUAG